UGGCUUCCCCUUCCGAAAAAGUCGCCGUCAUCCCCCUACAGCCAGCCAGCUGAAUUCACAUCCUCAUUUCGACACACCUUAAAAUCCCCGCCCAGGAGUUCUCCGAGACCUUCUCCCAUACUGACGUACCCCGAAACAACCUCGUCAGAGAGUGACUGCAGCGCAAUUCACAGAGCUCGACUGAACUGGUCUCAUUGACCACGCCUGCAGUGAUGCGGCUCCUGCAAUCCGAUGUAAAUGGGGAGUUCCGCUUGACAGCAGAUUUGACGGCGGAUGAUGAAAUUCCCUCUUAUGCCAUUCUUUUGCACACAUGGGGAUCAGAUUCCGACGAGGUUACCCUCCGAGAUAUGAUGGACGGCACAGGGAAGAACAAGGCUGGUCACGACAAGAUUCUUUUCUGCGCCGCUCAAGCGCGCCGUCAUGGUCUUUCUACUUCUGGAUCGAUACCUGCUGUAUCGACAAGACGAACGGCGCUGAGCUCAACGAGGCCAUCAACUCUAUGUUUUGGUGGUACAGGAAUGCUGCUAGGUGCUACGUGUAUCUAUCGGACAUAUUCGUCGUGGACAAUCAACCUCAACCGAACGAUCAGCUCUCUAACGCUCGUCCAUCCUGGGAAUCGACCUUCCGAGAGAGCAGGUGGUUUACGCGUGGCUGGACCCUUCAAGAGCUUCUCGCUCCGGCCUCAGUCCUGUUCUUUGCCAAGGAUGGCUCACUUCAUGGAGACAAAGCAUCUUUGCCACAAGAGCUCCACGAAAUAACGGGCAUUUCCAUCUCGGCGCUUUAUGCGGAGCCCCUUGCUCACUUCAGCGCCGAGCAGCGCUUCAAGUGGGCCGAAAAGAGGAAAACAAAACGCGAAAAAAAAUUGGGCGUACUCGCUUCUGGGCAUCUUCGGCGUCUUCAUCCCGACCAUCUAUGGUGAGGGCAAGGAGAAUGCGACUCGCAGGCUCAGGAAGGAGAUAGCCAGCGAGGGACAGACCCAGCCUUUCCCGGCCGAUACCAGGCACGGGCGCCAGGAAGAGCGCAGGGUCUUUGACGUCCCGUUGGCU